CACUGAAAGCUUUUCAAAUCAAAAUGUCAGCAGAAGGGGAGGAAAAUCUUUUUCGAAAGCUGCAGGAACGCAAAGAUGGUUUACUUGUGUUGGAAAGUGGUUUAAUGAUGAUCAUCAACUUUCUGGCCUUCACUGGUAACAUGAUGGUUUGCUGGGCUGUAUACCGUAACCAAAGACUUCGUACUUUACCAAACAUCUAUGUAGUGACCUUAGCCAUAUCAGAUGCUCUCAUGGCGGUCCUGUGCAUGCCUAUGUCUGGAGUUCUUCUCGUUACAGGCCAGUGGCCAUUCAGCGGCGCUGUCUGCCAUUUCCAGGGAUUUUUUUGUUUCUUCUUUGCGCUCUACUCCUUGCUACUCAUGACUGCAACAGCAGUGAACCGAUAUUUUCGCGUGGUGAAACCAAAUCUUUACCGCAAGCAUUUCAAAGUCAAAUCUACUUUUCUUUCCGUCGUUGUUAUUACACUUUUCGCUGCUCUCGGUGCGGGGCUUUCAUCGAUGGCUCAAUGGGCGACAUUUAUCAUACAUUACGGUAAAGUAAUCUGUUUUAUGAACUUCAAAUCCCCAGAACUGGACAUGGGUUACAUCGCAUAUUUAGAUGUGUUUUACAUCGCUAUUCCCAUCGGAAUUAUUUCGUUCACCUAUUACAAGAUUUUCAAAAACAUCAAACAACACAAUCGAGGCAUGAACAACACAAGACAAGGAUCGAUUCUUCGCUUAAACGUGGAAGAAGUUAAGAUAACAAAAUCACUAUUUGCAGCUGUGCUAGGCUUUAUUAUUUGCUGGGGACCUAUAGCUGUUAUUGACUUAGUUGAUUCCUACAGCAGACACCAUCUCGCUAUACCAAGACAGAUCUUUCUGUUAUACAUAUACCUCGGUUUUGGCAGUUGUUCCAUUAACCCUGUCAUAUAUGGCGUCAUGAACAGAGCCUUCAGAGCGGAGUUCUUGAGACUGUUAACUUUCUGGAGAAGGCACAACGAAGUAGAUCUCGUUCGUUCUUUUACGGUUCAAAGCUGUCAAAGUGAAAACUGAAAUACAGUCUACUUCAAAGUGAAAUAGAGACAGCAACAUAAAAGAACAAACAAUGUUUGUCGGUCUUCAUUUUUCUUUCCCCGAAAAAGUUCUAAAUGCAUUAUAUAUCUCCUGCAUUACAUUUCAGAGUUAAUAUACGCGCCAAAUGUUAGUACUCUUUGGCAGAAUGUGUAAUUUUCUUGCUUACUACGGUAAUUCUCUUAUAAUUUCUACAUCACUUGCUUAAUUUCCUUCGCAGUUUUCGGCUACUGCGGUUAAACACAGUUCAAUUUUAAUUCACGAAAAAAUGUUUUAGACAUAACCUUUCUCCAAAAUAAUUGACUGACAACUUCUUCUUUCGUUUGCUUUAGUGUUUUUAUGUUUCCUUUUCAAUGUGGUCUAUUUGCUCGCUGCAAAUAUACAAUUGUGGAUAGAAAUCUUUUUAAUAUCACAAUAUUGGAAUAGUGUAAACACACACUAUUGUGGUAACAAAUUCUUUAAAAUUAAAAAUGAAUCGAAAGCAGUCACUCAUCCUUGACGAAGCGGAGUUAAAACUGGUCUCUGGAAUAUAUUUUUACCUUGUUUAGUUAAAAGCAAUUUUGAACGUAUUGCACUAGUGUUAUCUAUGAAACAGUGUAAUUAAUGCAUGUCCGCCCCAGGGCAUUUUAAAAUAAAUAUUCAAAACGUUAACGCUAUCCUUGGUUUGAAAGAAAAGGAAGAAAGUUUUAGACCAUGACAAAAAGUAGUCCAGUUCUUGUUUAUAUAUCGGCGAGAUCUUUACAGAGAAUAAUCAUUUUAAUAGAAAAAGACUCAAUUAACGGAGGACGCAACAAUUUGUUA